CAACAACCAACCUCGUUUUAAUCCCUCUUUCUCCUCAGCCGCGCCCUCUGCCCCCUCAUUGAGACGCCAUCAGCCCUUUUGUACAUUGCGCAAUUGCCCUCCGGCUUUCCCUACAUCCCCUCUCACAGCGUUUGCGACCCGCGGAGCUUGACGACGCUCCGGCACAGCAAUGGUACGAUGGAGCAAGCUGUGGAAUGCCGACGGCCACGACAGGCGGCACCAGCUCCAGGAUGAGAUGCGAUCGCUCCUACCCACCAGCAGUGAGCACCCUCCGCCGCCGUCCAUCCCGCCCAAAGAGGUCACUAAGGUCGCCCUCCGCCUCAGACACCAGCUCGAACAAGUCAUACCCUGCGAAUUGGAAGAGGCCAAGGUCACGAGUCCUCACAGUCCAAUCCUGACUCACGCCGUCAUCGAAACGGCCAAGCAAGCCGGCGGCGAGCAGUACAAGGCAUGCGUCGUCUUCUGUCUGCUCGUGGUCAAGAAAUGGUUCAAAACGCAAGCAAUGUGCGAGCUGUGGGAUGCCGACUUGCACGAGGUGCGUGCCGUGGCUGCCGAGAUGUUAGCCAAGCGUAUCAUCGAAGGCGAGGAAGACUUGGACUACUUGAUGGAGGAGGUCUUGCUUAAGCGGUAUUCCUAUCUCGUCGACGGAGAGCCCUCGUCUCCCGCAAAUGCCAUCGAGCGCGCCGUCGACCUGCAUGCUUUGACAGUCAUUGGAUCGUCGGGCUACCAGAAGUGCAUUGCCUACCUCUGGUGGGGAUGGUUUGUCCAGGACGACGAAGACCCGAGCCGCUUCGUCACGUACGAGAACAAGACAAACACUGACUACUGGUCCCACCUCGACCCAGACCGUAUGCGAGUGCCCCGCUAUCAGAACGCCGUUCAAAUCAUCAUGUCUGUCGUCUACCUCGCCCUCUACACUGGUGCCAUCAAUACCAUCAAUCCGACCGGAGACGUUGACGUCGUCGAGGCGCUGCUGUACUUCUGCACCCUGGGCCUGAUCUGCGACGAGGUGGCCAAGUUCUGGAAGGUCGGCCGCUUCUACCUCAGCUUCUGGAACAUAUUCAACAGCACUCUGUACGCUCUGCUCACUACAUCACUUGCUCUCCGCAUGGUUGCUCUCGGAUACAAACAGCACACCGAACCUCGAGCGCACUACAACCAGCUCAGCUAUAACUUCCUGGCUUUUACUGCGCCAAUGUUCUGGAUGCGACUGCUGCUGUACCUAGACACUUUCCGCUUCUUCGGAUCUAUGCUUGUCGUGCUGAAGGUCAUGAUGCGGGAGUCGCUCAUUUUCUUCCUCCUCCUGCUUGUCGUUCUAAUUGGCUUCUUGCAAGCCUUCAUAGGCAUGGACCUCACGGACGACUCACUCACCGACGUUGGCUUCAUCAUCCAGGCCAUGCUCAAUGCCAUUAUGCAAAGCCCCGAGUUUGAAGGGUUCGAUCGGUUUGCGCCUCCCUUUGGCAUCAUCCUAUACUACAUCUUCACCUUUGUAGUCAUGGUCAUCCUUCUCAAUAUCCUCAUCGCCCUGUAUAACUCGGCCUAUGAAGACAUCACCGGCAACGCCAUCGACGAGAACAUGGCCCUCUUUUCGCAGAAAACCAUGCAGUACGUUCGAGCGCCCGACGAAAACGUCUUCAUCCCCCCGUUCAACCUCAUUGAAAUCUUCUGUCUCAUCCUGCCGUUCGAGUGGUGGAUGCCCCAAGACAAGUACCGCCGUCUCAACGACUAUGUCAUGGGCAUCAUCUACUCGCCGCUGUUGGUCGUCACGGCCUUUAUGGAAACGCGGCAAGCGCACCGUGUGAAGUAUAACCGCCGACGGGGCGAGGAAGACGACGACGUGGUGCAGGAAUGGGAGCAAGCCCUACACGAGUGCGACUUUGAGGCGGACGGCUGGGAUAAGAAGGUGCAGCAGUCGAAGCCGAACGUCGAAUUCGACACAGAUGUGCUUGAGAUCAGAAAGCUGCAGAGCGAGGUCUCGGGGUUGAAGGAGUUGCUGCUGGAGAUGAAGGAAAAGGGAGGAUGGGGCGUCGAUACACUGAAGGAGAGCAAGUUUGGCGAGGAGAAGAUGGGCGAGAGUAGUGACAGCGUUGCGAGGGAGUAAGUCUUGCUCUUUCUUGCUUGCUUUGCUUCUUGCAGCGAGAGCGCUGUUGACCCGUUCUUAGACGGCAACGCGACGACGACAAGAGCAGCGCGUGGCACUCUGAUUAGCGCUGUUGUACGAACGAAUAAGCGAAUUACCUGUGGAUUACUCUUCGAGCGACAUAACUUGGUUCGGA